AUGGCAGUCGAGACCCCCCAGAGCACUAAAAGGAAGGCUUCCGAAGAGCCAGCUUCCCCAGAUUCUCAACUGCAACCCAGCAAGAAAGCGCGUACUGAUUCUCCAGUGAAAGAGGAGGAUGGUGUGCUACGAAAGCCCCCACUUCGUAUAGUUCCAUUUCCCGAAAAGCCUGCCGUUAUUGAAGAGCGACAUGGCGAUAUCGAAUUUCGGGUCGUCAAUAACGAUGGGUCACACGAUAGCUUCAUCGUCUUGACAGGGCUCAAGUGCAUCUUCCAGAAACAACUACCUAAAAUGCCCAAGGAUUACAUUGCGCGACUCGUUUACGAUCGUUCACAUCUUUCUAUUGCCAUUGUGAAGCACCCCUUGGAGGUGGUCGGAGGCAUUACCUACCGACCAUUCAACAGCCGCAAGUUUGCUGAGAUUGUCUUCUGUGCCAUUUCAUCCGAUCAACAAGUCAAGGGUUACGGCGCACAUUUGAUGUCCCAUCUCAAGGAUUACGUCAAAGCGACAUCCCCCAUCAUGCAUUUCCUUACCUACGCCGACAACUACGCUAUCGGGUACUUCAAAAAGCAAGGUUUCACAAAGGAAAUCACGCUCGACAAAUCCAUUUGGAUGGGCUACAUCAAGGAUUACGAAGGCGGCACCAUCAUGCAAUGUACCAUGUUGCCCAAGAUUCGAUACCUCGAAAUGGGUCGCAUGCUCUUAAAGCAGAAAGAAGCUGUACAAGCCAAAAUCCGUGCUUUCAGCCGCUCUCAUAUCGUCCAUCCGCCCCCGAAAGAAUGGAAGAAUGGCGUCACUAAGAUUGAUCCGCUCACCAUUCCAGCGGUGAAAGAGUCUGGAUGGUCCCCUGAUAUGGACGAGCUCGCUCGACAACCCCGGCAUGGUCCCAAUUACAACCAGCUACUCCAUCUUCUCAACGAUAUGCAAAAUCACAGUGCUGCUUGGCCGUUCACGCAACCUGUCAAUCGUGACGAAGUACCGGACUACUACGAGGUGAUCAAGGAGCCAAUGGAUCUUUCGACCAUGGAGGAGAAGCACGAGAAGGACAUGUAUCCUACACCGCAGGAUUUCAUCAAGGACGCCAUGCUGAUCUUCGACAAUUGCCGUCGGUACAACAACGAGAACACGCCAUACGCGAAGAGUGCCAACAAGCUCGAAAAGUUCAUGUACCAACAGAUUCGGAAUAUCCCCGAGUGGUCGCAUCUUGCCGAUGGACACUAA